CCGGCCGCUGCGUCAGCCCGCCGCUGCGGGCCCUGAUGCGCCACCCUCUCGCCCCUCGACCAUGGAGCGCCCCGGAGCGGGAGGAAUAAAUUCCAGUGAGAGUGAAAAUGUGUCAAGAAAAAAGGAAAUGUCAGAAGAAUUUGAAGCCAGUACUGUGGAUUCUCUGAUAAACAUGCCAUUUGCUACUAUAGAUAUUAAAGAUGAUUAUGCAAUCACUGAUGUACCUCAAAUAAAAUUGAAGAGGAAUAUAGAAAAUGAACAAAUCAAGAAUGAUCAAAUAAAGAAGAAAAAAAGGCAAAAAGACUAUCAACCCAACUAUUUCCUAUCCAUUCCAAUUACCAACAAAGAGAUUAUAGGAGGAAUUAAGAUCCUGCAAAAUGCAAUAAUACAACAAGAUAAGCGACUGGCCAAAGCAAUGGUCAGUGAUGGUUCCUUUCAUAUUACCCUGCUAGUGAUGCAGUUAUUAAAUGAAGAUGAAGUAAACAUUGGUAUUAAUGCACUUUUGGAACUAAAGCCAUGCAUAGAAGAAAUCCUCCAAGGCAAACAUUUGACUUUGCCCUUUCAAGGGAUUGACACUUUUGGAAAUCAGGUUGGCUUUGUGAAGCUGGCAGAAGGAGACCACAUAAUCCCACUUCUGGAGAUAGCAGAGACUGCAAAAAAGACAUUUCAAGAAAAAGGCAUCCUGGCAGGAGAAAGCAGAAGCUUUAAACCUCAUCUAACUUUUAUGAAAUUGUCAAAAGCACCAUGGCUUCGUAAGAAUGGUGUGAAAAAGAUAGAUCCUGAAUUGUAUGAAAAAUUUAUCAGCCACAAGUUUGGAGAAGAAUUAUGCUCUCGCAUAGAUCUUUGCUCCAUGCUUAAGAAGAAACAAAGUGAUGGUUAUUAUCAUUGUGAGUCUUCAAUUGUGAUUG